ACGGAGAGGGUGGGGCUGGGGGCGCUCGGAGGCGACGGCGGUGCGCGCGGGUCGGUUAAACGGACGCGGCGGCGGAGCGAGCGUUGUGUUUGCUUUUAUCUGCGUCCCGCCCGCCCCGCUCCGCACAGCGCCGGUCCCGCGGCACCCGCCGAGCGGCAACCAUGAGCGAUCGGAAGGCGGUGAUCAAGAAUGCGGACAUGUCCGAAGAGAUGCAGCAGGACGCCGUGGAGUGUGCUACUCAGGCCUUAGAGAAGUACAACAUCGAGAAGGACAUUGCGGCUCACAUAAAGAAGGAGUUUGACAAGAAAUACAAUCCCACUUGGCACUGCAUCGUGGGAAGGAACUUUGGCAGCUACGUGACACAUGAGACCAAGCACUUCAUCUACUUCUACCUCGGCCAAGUCGCUAUUCUUCUUUUCAAGUCUGGUUAGAACCACAGACCCUCACUGAAACCUGUAUCCAGUUACAGGACUGUGCGCUGACUCCUCUGACUAGUUACUGCAGCCUUCCUGAGGACACAGACCUUGAUCUUCAAGGGCGAUGGCAGGGAUUAUGCUAUAGCAGAUGAUGUUACAUUGUGGAUAUAAAAAGGAAAAAUACCAAAA